AUGAGCGUCCAGACCACGCCUUCGAAGAAGGCCGCAUCGAUACUCGAGAACCUGAAGAUGGAGUCGCCGGCAAAGAGGCUCUGCCUAGACGCUCAAGCGGAUAAGGAGAACAUUGUCGACGCGCGGUACGAGUCGGACGAGGUCGCCGUCCCCAUCAAGGGCAUACCAGAGCUACCUGAAGUGCCAAAAGAGGGUGAGUCGGCAGUCGCGAAGGAGGGAGAGGAGAUCGAGCCCAUACUGCAGGAAAACUCGCAACGAUUCGUGCUAUUCCCAAUCAAAUACCAUGAGAUAUGGCAAAUGUACAAGAAAGCCGAGGCAUCAUUCUGGACCGCCGAGGAGAUUGAUCUAUCCAAAGACCUUCACGACUGGAACAAGCGACUAAACGACGACGAGCGCUUCUUCAUCUCACACGUCCUCGCCUUCUUCGCCGCCUCAGACGGCAUCGUGAACGAGAACCUCCUCGAGCGAUUCAGCGGUGAAGUCCAGAUCCCAGAAGCGCGAUGCUUCUACGGUUUCCAAAUCAUGAUGGAGAACAUCCAUUCCGAGACCUACUCCCUCCUCAUCGAUACAUACAUCAGCGAGCCCCGACAAAGAACAUACCUCUUCAACGCCGUUGAGAACAUCCCUUGCAUCCGCAAGAAGGCCGACUGGGCACUGAAAUGGAUUAGCGAUAAAAACUCCACUUUCGCCUGCCGUCUGAUCGCUUUCGCCGCUGUGGAAGGUAUCUUCUUCUCCGGCUCCUUCGCCGCCAUCUUCUGGCUCAAGAAGCGCGGUCUCAUGGCCGGUCUAACCUUCUCCAACGAGCUCAUCUCCCGCGACGAGGGCAUGCACACGGAUUUCGCUUGCCUGCUCUUCUCCCAUCUAAAGAACAAGCCCGACCAGAAAGUCGUCGAGAGCAUCAUCGUGGAGGCCGUGGCCAUCGAGCAGGAAUUCCUGACUGAUGCUCUCCCCUGCGCUCUCCUCGGCAUGAACUCCAAGCUCAUGUGCCAGUACAUCGAAUUCGUCGCUGAUCGUCUGCUGCUCGCUCUCGGCAAUACGAAGUACUACAACGCCACCAACCCGUUCGAUUUCAUGGAGAACAUUUCCCUGGCUGGCAAGACUAACUUCUUCGAGAAGCGUGUGGGUGACUACCAGAAAGCUGGUAUCAUGGAGAAGAACAACAAGCAGCAGGCUCAGCGCGAUGCCAAGAGGGAUGGGAUUGCUGAAGCCGCCGCGCCGGUCAUGAGUGGCGACUUUGCUUUUGAUGAGGACUUUUAG